AUGGCUACCUUAAACCUGUCCCAAAACGGACCUUCCAUCACCGCCAGCUACCAGAAGAUCGUCAAUUCCUCUCCGUCCGGUCCAGCUUCUUCCUCGCCAACCUACGGCAUCUGGGCUGUCUUCUCCGUCAAAGCGCCCCUCGCCAAUGCCUUCCAGGCAGACUCCGGGAAAGAGAGUGUCCUCAAUGUACAAACAACAGCCGAGGGGGAAUUGGCGGACUUGAUUGAAGAGUUCUCGGAUGGGCGCAUCCAGUUUGCAUUCGUCAAGGUCAAGGACCCAAAUACUACUCUCCCUAAGAGCGUACUCGUUGCGUGGUGUGGCGAAGGAGUGCCGGAGAGGACCAAGGGAUACUUCACCAGCCACCUCAAUGCCGUAGCAAAAGUACUGCAUGGGUAUCAUGUCCAGGUCACCGCUCGAUCUGACCGAGAUCUCACGCCUGAGGUGAUUGUGCAGAAGGUAGCAGACUCUUCCGGCUCCAAAUACAGCGGCGGAGGUUCUGUACCUACCCCGGCAUCAUCCGGCCCUCCUCCACCGGUGGCAUCAAAACCAGUACUGCCUACCAAAAGCUUUGGAGCUGCUGGCGGUUUCCAGCCUCUUGGCUCGAGAUCCCGCGAACCUGCACCAUCUGGCCCAACAGAUGCGGACGGGUGGGGGGAUGAUGCGCCUCCAGUUACGAGAUCGCAGCUGGAAAAGGUCGAAUCCGCCUACAAGCCUACCAAAGUCGACAUGGCGAGCUUGCAAAGCCAGCCCCAAUCGUCAGGAUAUCAAGCGCCUCUGAGGCCAAACAAUAGCGGAGCGGAUGUUGUGAGCGGUGGCUACCAGCCAGUGGGCAAGGUUGAUAUUGCGGCUAUCAGAAAGCAGGCUCAGGAGAGCGGCAGCCUGAAGGACGACCGUCCAACUGUUGUCAAAGGAUCGUACGAACCCGUGGGCAAGGUUGAUAUCAACGAGAUUCGACGAAAGGCACAAGGCGCACCACCACCUGUGCAAGCCCCUCCGCCGUCACAACCUGUGGGAGAAGAGGACGAUAGGCCCAAAUCUCUCGCUGAACGAUCUGCCGCCUUCAACCAGUCCAAACCUCUUACCGAGCUACCGAAGCCCAAGGUCGCUAAUCGAUUUGGGGGAGCCGCCAGCACGUUUGCCGGAACCAAAGCCCCAGCACCUGGAGGUUUCGAGGCCAAGCCAGCCCUCACAUCUUCGGCACCGGUUGGCGCUGUGAACAAGGCCUUCGCCGAUCAAGGCGGCAAGACUCCAGCACAGCAAUGGGCCGAGAAGAAGGCACGCGAGAGGGGUACAAGUGGUGCUGCCGACACCCAGCAACCGGGAGGAUUUGGCAGCGCCGCAUCACCUAUCAGGAGCCAGCAAAGUGGCGGCUGGCAGAGUGGGUAUGGAGGCAAGAAGUGGGAUGUACAGAUUCCAACGCGUACAGGAGGAAGCGGUAUUAGUGAGCAGCGCACUGGACAAGAAGAGCCAGUCAGAGAGGAGAAUGAGCCUCCAGCCGGCGGUGUCUCAUCGAUCAAAGACCGCUUUGCUGGGGCUGCGCCCAUGGGAGCUGCGCGCGAGCCAAGUGGUGGUAUUCCAGAGCCUCCGCCACUUGACACCUCCAGCAAGCCGAAUGCUGGAGCUCGCGGCAUUCCAAUACCCGGCCUUCCACAACAGCAAGAACCUGACGUGCCGGCAGAGCAGCAUCAAGUCCUUCCGCCACCACCACCCAGGCCGCAGCCAGAUGAUGAGGAAGAUGAAGACGACUCAGCACCACUACCACAAGGCUCGCCCGUGCGAAUUGCAAUGCCCGUGGGUCGUGGUGCUGAUCCAGUUGAGCCAGCCGAGCCCUUACCUCCACGACCUGUUCCUACCGACUCGCUCGCUCAAGCUGUUGACAGCCACCGCGAAUCCGAACCUGAACCGCAAGCACAGGACGAAGACAUCUCUCGAUCGGCCGCACAGCACGCCGCGGCCGGCACUUUCGGUCAGACCGAGGAUCCACGAAGCGCCGGGGAUUCUGGAGGCAAGGAAGCCGUUGCACAGUACGACUACGACAAGGACGAAGAAAACGAGAUCAGCAUGCGCGAAGGCGAGCGCAUCACGAACAUUGAUAUGGUGGACGAUGAUUGGUGGAUGGGCGAGAACAGUCGUGGUGAACGGGGAUUGUUUCCUUCGAACUACGUCGAGCUGGACGAGGUUGGUGCUUCAGGCGGUGCUGCAGCCGUGCCUCCACCCCCAGCUCCUGCGGUCGAUGAAGCACCUCCUCCAGGCCCACCGCAACUUGCUGGUAAUGGACUUCCAACUGCGACUGCCGAGUACGACUACGAGGCUGCGGAAGAGAACGAGCUCAGCUUCCCUGACGGCGCGAAGAUCAUCAACAUUGAAUUUCCAGACGACAACUGGUGGCAGGGUGAGUACAGAGGCCAGGUUGGCCUAUUCCCAAGCAACUACGUCAAACUCGACGAGUAA